AUGAUCCCCUUUGUCAGCACCUCUCCCAUCCCCGACACACCCGAAAUGUACGUUCUCACAGUCGACGAGAUUCGCGAGCUGUCCAAUGGUCACACCUACUUUUCCACCCUCGUCAAGCUACAGAAUCUCUCCCGCAGUGAGCUAGGAAGAUAUCUCGAGAACCAGGAUUUCCAGUACUGGUUGCAUCACGAUGUCGGCGUCAAGACCGGGGACUGCAGGAGAGAUAUUGUAUUCAUGAUUCAGGCUUGGGUCAAGGAAGGCUGGCUACGGAUAUUGAACAUGACAACCCCGGCCGAGUGUCUGACAGUUGAGAACGAAGACACUGGAGGGUUCAAAUUUUACGGUGAUAAUUUGAUCGCCUUAUGA